GGAUUGGCUGCAACAGCUCCCGUGGGUGCUCCCACCCUCCUCCCUUCCCCAUUGCAGGUUAGCAUUGCUCCUGCAGCCAUCACUAACGGAUGGCAUUUGCAGAAGUGACAAGUUCUGGCUGUUCGCAGCCACUGGAAGAGAUUGGCAGUGCCCUGGGACAGUAAGGUUCUGCCUUUACCUCAGCUGUGAGAACAAGGGCUGGGCACUGCUUUUCUCAACCCUUGGAUGUGCUGAGCACCUGCUGGCAUGAGGUUUUUCCUCCAGUAUGUGGGCUGUUUUUUUGCUUUCUUGUCUACUGGGUUUUUGAUAGCAUCUACCUGGACAGACUGUUGGAUGGUGAAUGCUGAUGAUUCCUUGGAGGUGAGUACAAAAUGCCGUGGCCUAUGGUGGGAAUGUGUCACAAACGUUUUUGAUGGGAUCCAGACUUGUGAUGAGUACGACUCUAUCUUCGCUGAGCACCCUGUGAAGCUGGUCCUGACCCGAGCCAUGAUGAUCACAGCAGAUAUCCUGGCAGGUUUUGGAUUUCUCUUCCUUGUCCUGGGACUGGACUGUGUGAAAUUCCUUCCUGAUGAGCCACUCAUCAAGCUGCGCAUCUGCCUGGUCUCUGGAGUUAUGUUGCUCAUUGCAGGUCUCCCAGGAAUUACUGGCUCAGUGUGGUAUGCCAUUGAUGUCUACGUGGAACGCUCCUCUCUGGUCUUCCACAACGUGUUUCUGGGCAUCCAGUACAAGUUUGGCUGGUCAUGUUGGCUUGGCAUGGCGGGGUCACUUGGCUGUUUCUUAUCUGGGGCCCUGCUCACCUGCUGCACAUAUCUUUUCAGAGAGACCAGCUCUGGAAGACUCCACUCUGCUUACUCCUUGAGGAAAGGCUAUUCCUCAGCUGGGACAAUUGUAACAAAUGUGCAUUUGCCAUCCUCGCAAACAGCUACUGCCAAAAUGUAUGCAGUUGACACAAGAGUAUGAGGAGGAGGUAAGCACUCCAGAACAAGCUCUAUUUGUGCUUGUAUGGCUUGCACAGAUACCCAAGCUCCUGGUUGCCACACAAGAUGUGAAGUUAAAUUUUAAGGAUGUACUGUAUGCUAUAAUAUUUGCAUUAUGAGAGCUUCAGAAAAAAUUUCCUUCAAGAAAGUAACCUCUGAGAAGGUCUUGUUUUAGGGAAUCCAUUGUCUUGAGUGCCAAGGCCACUUGUGUAAGCACGGACUGAAAUAACCAACACAAAAUCUUUCAGCAUUUGUCUCAACAAUAUCAGUAUGAGCGAGAUAAAUCAGCUGCUCCUGGAUCAGAUGCCAGUGUUCUGCAUGGAGAUCCCCAAACUGUAAGACGGAUGUGUUCCAUGUCUGCAAUGUGUCAACAGACUGUGCAAAGCAGAAAAUACAGGUGAAGAGAGGUCCUGAUCGUCCAGCCAACAUCUGGACCGUGUGUACCCAGCGUGGGGGUCUGCUGCUCUUACAGGCAGCUGGAGAGUUCAGCAGAAGAUAAAGAGCUGUGUUAAAUGCCUGACCCUCUCUUUGGCCUGUGAACGUCUGCACUGAGGCAACACUGUAAAUUCAGGUGCACAUUACAGUCCUUCUCAGUAUGUGCCAAUAUGUAUGUUACAGAUGCUCUAGACUCACAGAUCUGGAAAUUGCUAUCUUCUUUAUGCUUAGUAAAAUUUCUGCCUGGACAAAGUGA